AUGAAUCAUGUCCCACCAAUAAUAGAUUUAUAUGCACCUGAUGGCACAUCAUACUUGACCACAGAAACACCAUCAUAUGGUUAUAAAAAUUACAGUGAAUUCAUCCCAGGAGGUCUUCCAUUAAUACUUUCCAUAUCUCAUGGAGGUCACUUAUUUCCUAAAGAAAUUCCUGAUAGAAAGAAAAUGAUUCCAGGAAUGGUAAAAUCUAAUGACAUAAAUACCCAAGAAAUUGGUCAUUUAUUAUCACAAAGAAUCACGAAAAAAUUUAACGGAAGAAAACCCUACAUGGUAAUUAAUCAUUUGGGAAGGAGUAAAAUUGAUGUUAACCGUCCUUUAAAAGAAGGAAUUGAAAUUCAAAUGAGUAAUGAAACAGAUAUUGUUUGGAAUGAUUAUCACAAUUUUAUGAAACGUGCCGUGGAUGAAGUUGAAUUACGUUUUGAACGUGGGUUGUUAAUUGACAUUCACGGUCACGGUCAUUCAGAAAAUUACAUCGAAUUGGGAUAUGCAGUAUCGCUAGAGUCCUUAUUGAUUUCCACCAAUGAACUAAAUACCAACAAUGAAAUUGUUUCGGGAUCGAGCAUUAGAGCAUUAUGCGCUCGUAAACACAACGAGCUAAGUUUUUCGGAAAUAUUAAGGGGAGAAUUUACUUCGCUUGGCGGAAAAUUGCAAGAUCUUGGGUAUGACACGAUCCCUUCGCAUGUGCAUAAAUAUCCAUUACCAAUUGAAAGGUAUUUUCAUGGAGGUUAUUCCGUACAAAGAUACGGUUCAAGGAACAAUGAGCAUGUUGUCGAUGCGAUACAAUUGGAAUUACCAAGAUUGCUGAGACUUGGAAAUAGGAGAUUACGAGAGAAGUCCGUUAAAGAUUUGGCUGAAGCUCUCAGCAAAGGUGAAGCUUCUGGAGUAUUAAAGUGCGGUUCUUCAGGAAAUUCAUCAUUAUUUUCGGUGGUAGUAAACAUUCAGGUUUCUUCGCCUUCCAUAUCAUAUACAUCGGGUUCUUCGUCUAAAGGUUCUGGAACCUUUUCAAUCUCUUGCUUGUUAUUUUUUUCAUUUGGAGAAUGUUUGGUUUCAGAUCUGGCAUUGUUGACGGUUGUGGGAAUUGAAGUUGUGAAAGAAGAGAGGAUGAAAAGGAUCAAGAAACGUGUAAGGUAUCGUCAGUACGGAGGAAUGACGAAGACGCGAAAAGGCACAAUAGCUGAUUAUGAACUACAAGCAGGCAAGUGCAAAGAAUUUUUGCCUAUUGGGGCACAGGUGACCCUACGAGCUUGCCUGUGUUCAAGUCCUACGAGCCGACCUGACAAGAACACAGAUGACCCUACGAGCUUGUCUGAUGUUAAAGUAGUUGAUGGAAAACAUGCGGAUUUGUUGGUAAUGAUGUGGAGAACUGGUGAAGAAAUCUUUGUCGGGGAACAAGCUGGGCCACCUAGUCAACCUGACCUCACAAAGUUAGCAAUGGAUUCGUUCAAAUUGUAUCGAGAAAUGUGA